AUGGCGGCUGCGAUGAUGGACGAGGAGCUUCACCUCAAGGUGCUCUCUUACGUCGCGGAGCCCAAGGCAAGCCUGAGCUGCAAGUCGUGGCGCGAGUUCCUGUGCAGGACGCUGCACCUGGGGCUCAGGUCCGGCUUCUACCGGACGCUCGCCGCCGGCGGCAAGGUCGUUUUCUGCUACAACGCGGUGCGCCCCCUCGCCGAGGACUUCGAGGAGAGCGUGAGCUACAACUUCGUCUUCGAGCCUGGGGGCUUCUACCGCAUGCAGUGGACGCGAACCUUCGACGCGUGGUCCUCGCAGAGCGAGCAGCAGCACGGGCGCUGGCAGGUGAUUCUCGACUCCCUGCUGUGCGAGACGCUGGAGCCCAAACGGGAGGUCCGCGAGAACGAGGUGCGCUUCGCCCCGCCGGGCUACAGGUUCCGGAUUCCGAUCGACGACGUCCUGCAGGCGGCCGGUACCUACUACACCACCCCCCUCGGCUCUCCGGCGGCCGAGUGGGAGCUGCCGGCGCGCACAGGCAAAGAGGACCGCGACUUCUGCACAGUGCGCAGUGCCUGGGAGACGCCGCAGGUUGAGGAUGCGCCCUCAGUGCACGUGCCAUUCCGCGAGGGCGCGAGAUUCGUGGAGAUCGACGGGGAGAUGCACGAGGUCAGCGGCGACAUCGUGUCCAACUGGCCGGAAGACGAGUGGCCCCGGCUGAUGAAGUGCCGUCUGCGCUGGGGCAUCAACGGCUGA